GUAAUUUGUAAAUUUACAUCAGAUUUGGAUUCAUAUACUGAACCAUGGGAACAAAUAUGAAUUUUUAGUGAAUAUUUAUCUAUUUGAAAAAAAGUGCUACUGUUUAAAUAUUAUGUUCGAAUCAAGUGUUUUGAAUGGACUUACACGAUUAAGUGUUGAAAUUGGAAGUAGUAGUAGAACUGAUGAUGAUUUCAUUGAUCGCAUUAAUCAUUCAUAUACAACAACUGUGUUAAUGAUAUGUACACUUGUAAUAAUGGGAAGACAAUUCAUUGGUAAGCCAAUAACAUGUUGGACACCGAACGAAUUCACUAGUGCACAAGUUGAGUAUGCUACACUAGUAUGUUGGAUUACUUCAACCUACUUUAUAUCACCUGAUCAACCAACAAUACCUACGGAUUUAGCAUUACGUAGAAAAGAAUCGAUACAUUACUAUCAAUGGGUUCCAUUCUUGUUGAUGCUACAGGCUGCAAUGUUUUCAGUACCAUGUAUUAUAUGGCGUUUAUUCAAUUGGCAAUCGCGUAUCCAUCUAUGGACUGUAAUGGACUUAGCUAGUAAAGCUGGUGAUCUUGAAGAAACACUACAAUCCAAUGUAAAUUAUGUAGAAUACGUAGUUAGACAUUUAGAAGAUGCUCUUAUUAUUCGACAUCGACGUAAACGAAGUGGUACGAAUAACAGUUCCGUUUCAGUGGCACAAACAUCUGUAUCUAGCCCAGCUAGCACAAAUGAACAAUUAAUAAAUAAAGAUAGUACCCGAUAUGCCAUACUUCCACUAACAAUAACGCAUAGAUCACGUAUUCCUGGUCCACGACCUUGUUCACCACAAUCAAGCAGUUAUCUUAAUGGAUUAUACUUGAUUAUUAAAGCACUUUAUGUUUUCAAUUCAACUGGCCAGUUAUUUUUGUUAGCUAGGUUUUUAGGUCAGACAACCAUAUUUUUUGGACCUCAGUUGUUAACUGAUCUCAUAGCUGGUACACAGUGGUAUCAAAGUGGAAAUUUCCCUCGUGUAUCAUAUUGUGAUUUGGAUAUGCGAAAAAUGGGAAGCAAUUAUCAUAGAUAUACUCUACAAUGCGUAUUAAGUAUCAAUAUGUUUAAUGAAAAGAUUUUCAUUUUUCUUUGGUUCUGGUUCACUGGUUUAACUUUAAUGAAUAUACAUAGUUUCCUGCGUUGGUGUUGUCGGUCAACAUUUCAAACUAGUCGAGUAUGUUUUAUCAGAAGUCUAUUGUUUAAUAAAAUCUCAAUGAAUGUGAACAAUAAAUCAGAAUAUUCAUCAAAUAACACUAAUUCAAAUAUGACACAAAAUUCUGAUUAUCAGUCGACUAGUCAACAAUCACCGACAAUGCCACUGGCUGGUUCUUUAUCUUCCGAAUAUUACAAUGAACACUUGUCGGUAGCAGACAAGAAAGCAUCGGCGUUUUUCACUGAACAUAUUUUAGGACAAGAUGGUGUAUUCGUGCUACGUUUAAUCGCUUUAAAUAUUGGUCAAUUCAUUGCAUCGAAAAUUGCUUGUCUUAUUUGGGAUCAUUAUCGGCUUGUAAAUACCACGACAAAGUAUGCACAUACAAUGAAGAGGACUCCAGAAACACUGACGAUGGCCACGACGACAACAAUAUCAUCAAUAGUAACAACACAAACAGUGAAUGCUACCACUAGUAGCAGUAGGCAAGUGUCUAACUUUGUUCAAACUCCACCUAUUCCUGAAAGAAAAGAUAAAAUUAAACACAGCGAAGAGUCAGAUCUAUCAACAUCCACUUUAAAUGAAUCAGAUCAUGUUAUAAGAAGUAGAACAUUGAAUGUAUCUAGUACAAUGGGAAAAUAUUCACAGUCAUCUACAUUCAGUUCAAGAAAUUCAUCCAAUAAUCCUUAUGAUCAAUGUUCACGUUCCGAUAGGAAUUCUUCAAAUAAUUCAGAAAUUCGAAUUUUAAAUCAAUAAAGCAAUCGUGUUUAGUAACUUUAUACUUAUAUUAUAUUUUACGCGUAUGCACAAAAGAAUAACAAAAUAAUUCCGUACAUUUUAUCGUCCUGAUGUUUGAGUUAUAAAUUUCCCACAUCUGGUGGUUGGAUAAUCAUUUAUUUUUUCCUUCAUUUGAUGUAGAUAAUAUUCUUAAAAUUAUUCAAUUCUCAUUUUUAUACUGUUACAACUAAUUUCCUCAAUUAGAAAAAGAUUAUCGUGUGACGUUUUUGCUUUUUUUAUGUAAAACGAUUAUU